UGUGCCCGCUCCCGGAGACGUGGCGCACCUCCCUCGGCUGAGGCCGGGGGGGAGGCCGGGGGAAGGGGGGGGGUAAUAUUUUUUUAAAUUAUUUAUUUAGUUUGGUUUUUAUUUUUUUAAAUUUUUUAAUUUUUUUUUUAUUUUUUACCUGUCACGUUUGUCCUAGAAAAAUAAUUAUUAAAAAAAUAUAAAACGGGCAGGGCGAGGGAGCCCGAGGCAUCCCCGGCACGGGGGAGUGCGUGUGUGUGCGCGGGGGGCGCCCCGCCGCCCCGCCGCCCCCCGCACCGCAGCGUGCGGGCGCUGAGCGCGAUGCGCCCCGGGCUCGGCUCUGCGGAAUAGCGCGGCCGCCGCUCGCUGUCGGCGGGCUGGGGGCGGACGGACCCGACCGCCGGCAAUUCCCUCUUGAUGUCCAUGAAUGCAAACACCAUGAUUUUCAUGAUCCUGGGCGCCUCUAUCGUUAUGGCAAUAGCUUGCUUGAUGGACAUGAAUGCGUUGUUGGACAGAUUUCACAAUUACAUCUUACCGCAUCUGCGAGGGGAAGACCGAGUUUGUCACUGCAACUGUGGAAGGCAUCAUGUCCAUUAUGUUAUUCCAUAUGAUGGGGAUCAGUCAGUGGUGGACUCCUCGGAGAAUUACUUUGUGACUGACAAUGUAACCAAGCAAGAGAUUGAUCUGAUGCUGGGACUUUUGCUGGGCUUUUGUAUAAGCUGGUUUCUGGUGUGGAUGGAUGGGGUUCUCCAUUACGCGGUGCGAGCCUGGAGAACUAGCCGCCGGUAUGACAAUUCCUGGUCUUGGAUUCCAAAAUUUUGUAACUUAAAGGAGUUCAGAAAACGUCAUCACAGGCAGUACGAGGAGGCGACUGGGAACAUGGUGCACAUCAAACAGAAGCUGUACCAUAACGGGCACCCUAGCCCGCGGCACCUCUGAGGAAUGCCUUCCCCUCCAAGGACUGCAGUGAGGUUUUAAAAGAGGACUUUGCUCUUCUUCCAGGGGAACAGCUACUCGUUUGCUCCGCUAUGGAAGCCAGCCGAGGACACGAUUUUACUUAUCCAUCCUGUGUGUCCCUGUGGCACACCAUGAUGCACAACUAAGCCAGUCCUGGAUGCUACGCAGCCAAGACAUUGCACUGUGUUCUACGUUUUAUUGUCAGACUUGUGUAUAUAUGUAAAAAGCAGACAAACAAAAACAAAGAAAAAAAGAGAAAAGAGAUUUGCAUUAUACUUUCAACCCCCUUUUCCUGGCAUUCACGGCUGUCCUGCACGUCCAGCUACCCUCCGGGGAACGUUGGCCAAGGGGAUGGAGGUGGGACAACACGAAGAAGAUGCAGAGUUUCUCAUCCAAGAGCUCGAGUCCCCUGUUUCUUUGGUCCUUUGGCUUGGUUUUGCUCUGCUCUGUUCCUUCCGUUGCUAGAAUGGCUUGGCUGGUCACAGGUUUGGAUGGGGACUGCUGCCAGCUAGUUGUGAAGGCACAGUGUCCCUUUUGCUUCGGUUCCUGGUUUGGGGAGUUGCUGGGGGGGAAGGAAGCCCUGGGAAUAUAUAACUGAUCUGUUGUUUGCAUUGCUGUACACUGAAACCUGCCUUAAGCAAUCCAAGAAAUCUUAGUACCAGGGGAACAGUACUAUGAGGUAUCGGUCCGUUUCGCAGGCUGGUGCUGCCUGGUUUACAUCACUUUUGUAUCGGUGGUACCUUGCUGAUGUCAGUGCUGUUAUUCCUCACUCGUGGUAGAGAGGAGUUGCUCCUGAUAGGCGAGGAGAAGCGUAGUGAAUGGUGUUAGAUCCGACUUGCACCCUGAUCGUCCCCCUCUGCUGCAAAACCACCACCCGCCCCGUGCCUGGGAGGGAAGGAGAUGCUCUGCACCCUCUUUUUUGGGGGGGGAGCCAGAGGUCCUGGUUAAUGCCACCCCAGAAACACCGGCAGUGCAGCGAGAGGAUCCUGGUGACAGCAUCCCUCUUCCCGCACAUGAAGAGCCACCCCUGCUCUGGUGUUGCUGCUCCCAGCUGAAGCAGCCCUUCAGCAGCAGGCUGGGCUUGGCUUGAGGGGCACAGUGCGAUGUGAGCCUGAAGCCAAACUCGCCUACAGAGCCCAGCGCCCCAGCAAGGGGUCGAAUCAAAGCACGAGGAUGCUCUAACAUGGGUUUUGCCUUUGCUUCCCCUGGUCGCAGCUUAGGUGUGAGUUUCAAGGUAGCUAUCAAGUAUCUGAAACCAACCUCCACCUCCAGAGCCCUCGUUCACUUCCAGAGUUGCCUGAAGGAGCCGAGAAAGCCUGCGUGCACCUAGACAGCAGAUUCCUGGAGCAGUCACGUUCUGCUGGGGGAGGGAUGUGGAUGCAGCCAGGCUGCAUUGCUCUCGCACGUGCUGGGCAGCAGGCAGCAGUAGCCCUGCUCGCUGCAGUGGAAAGAGGGAUUUUUAUGGAGAGGGAGGGAGAUGCUAGCCCCAAGAAUUUUAAAGGUGGUAGCCCUGAAUCCCAAUCAUUUCUCCUUUAUUCAUCACUUUGUAUUGAGUGGGCUUGUGCUUCAAUGGGGAAAACAUCCAGAACAAAAGGAUGAUGAUGAUUAUCAGAAACUGCUGUUUUCUUCUCUGGAUUCCUUGACACUGUCAGUGGCCUCCUAGUUGAUUGCAAUGUCAGUGAAGGGAAAAGGACACCAUGACUCCCUGCUCUUUUCCUCCCUGCUUCAGCUUCUGUGUCUUGGGGUGGGUUUUGGUUUUUUUUUCCCCAUUGUUUUCUAUGCCCAGGACCAGUUCAGUUACUUACAAGCCCCAAAGCUGACCAAGAGCCUGUUUCUCUUCCAUUCCUACCUUUGCUAUUCCCUAGUGCCUCUUAUCUUGGAGCCCCAGUUUCUGUCUGAGCCUAAAUAAUUGCCCAGCCUAUACUUAGGUCUGUCUGCUUGACUGUCUGCCGUCCAGGACUUCCUAGGGUUGUCAUGUCUGCAGCCACCUGUUAGGAUCUAAAAAAAUGACUUUUCCUUAAGCAGCUCUUUUCCAAGACACAGGGCUUUGCAGCCUCCCUCACCGUAUGAGCUUUGUGCGUUUGGCCAUCUGGACUCACCCUC